GCAGGACCUGUGAGAAGCACUAAAUCGUUUUAGCUCUCAGAAACGGACAGACCUCAUCAGAGCUGCAAAUCAGGGAAGGAUGAGGUGGCAUAUGCUCUUUUGGGUUUUCUUUAUAUGCUUUCUUGCCAAUAAUCUCAUUGGUGCCAGAUUCAUUCCUGAAGGGGCACCCUAUGAUGAGGCUCCAGCAGUGCCCUACUGGCCAUAUUCCACCUCAGAUUUCUGGAACUACGUGGAAUACUUCCGCAGCAUUGGGGCCUACAGCCAGAUUAAUGAAAUGGCCAGAACUUUCUUCGCCCAUCAACACCUGGGUGACACGCUGGGCUAUGAAGCGCCAGAGCAGCAUGAUCACUGAGUGUGGAUGUGAUUAGAUCAUGUACUAGUUAGUUUAUGUCAUUAGAAGUUAACGAUAACAUUUGUAGAAAUAAUACUAAAUGCAUUCAUAGCUUUAGAAUGUUGCAUUUCCAUUGUGUGCUAUAUCCUUAAAAGUACUACCAGUAACAUAAAAGACUCUAGCAAUUAGUUUUAAUGUUGUGUAUUAUUAGAUUCAUUGUUUGGUAUUUUACUAGCCUUCCUUUGUAAGUGCAAAUGUACUGCAGCUACAAAAAGUGACGGAGACAGAAAAAAAGCAAAUGUUAUGUGUGUGAAUCAUACAGUAUUAUGUAUAUAAACAAUAAAAUGGCAUCCUGGCGCA